AUGAGUGAAUUUGGAAUUGAUCAGCAGCUCAUCGAGUGGGAAUGGCCUCUAGGACGGUGGAUUAUAACACGAUCUUCUACUGCAGCGCCACCAGAAAUCGCAGAGAUUCAGCCGUCUUGGGGCUCGCACGCAACCGACCGGGUCCAGCCUGAGACCCUUAGCCUCACCACCGUCUCGGUCGCCAAACCAGACGACCGGCAGCGGCAGACAAGGCAGUGGCGCUCUCAGAUGCUCAGCUAUGAGCCCUUCAGCAUCCUCACGAGGCCGUAUUUUUGGCAGCAAAAGAGCCUGCCAAGCCGCGAGUCAGAGCCGUAUAGCCAUGGCCUUUGGUGGCUCUUGACUCCCGGAACUCCUGCGCGCGAUGCAGCUAAAUUUCAAGCAUAUCCCAGUGUGGAGCGGCUUCGUCCCCCAUACAGAUGGGGUUAUCUCGACAACGUGCCGAUUUGCGAGCCCCUCAUUGGCCGAUCCUCCACAUCCAUCGACGCAAACCAGCAUAGAAGCCAUGCCGGGUCGACCACGCUCUGGGCUCUUUUAUCUCGACGCUGA